GCCUGAAUCACACUCCUCUUGAAUCAAUUAGGGCUACUAUCGUCAAUUCAUAUAACCUUAUACUUUGUGUUAUUUAUGGAUCCUGCCAUUUGCCCCUUCCCCUUAAAAUCCUCGACGCUGGUAGUGGUCGGUUUCAUCUCCCAGCGACAACCCCAAAAUUUCAGAUUCCUCUUUAAAUCCAAAAGUAUUAAAUCAAAAACCCUAAAUCUCCUCGAAUACGAUCCCGAAAUCCUCCGUUUUAGUUUCCCCCUCAAAAUUUUCGCUUUCCUCACUCAAAAUCAAAUCUGUCAUGGCUCUUAUCUGAUCGUAAUCGAAUUUUAGUGGAUCUUGAGAGUGAAGUGAGUGAGGCAUGAAGCGGGAGUUGGAUUUCGGAUUGGAGGGUUCACUCGAUCCAACUCAGGAGUCAGGGGCUCUGUCUCAAAAUCAGGCGAGUUAUAGUACUAGUUGUAAAAGAGUUAAAGGUACUCAAGUGAAUGGUUACAUUGUUUACACUCGAGUCAAAAAGUCAAGAAUUAAUUGCCGUGAUGAAUUUUCGGAGAAUUUAGAAAACAAAAAGCUCGAUGACUUUAAUAAGCCAAUAAUUGGUGUUAAAGAGUCUUUAAUUGGUGAGAAUAAAAAGAACGAAGCUUUGAUUGAAGCAAGUGAUGUGAACAAUGUAAUUGAAGGUGUAAUUGGAUGUAGGCAAGGGAAUAAAAAUGUAGCGGCAGAAAAUUUGGUAGUAGAAAAUGUGGUUGAUAAGAACUUAGUUGAUCGAGAUAUUGGUGAAGGGGGUACACUUGUAGAGGCUUCAAUUCAAGAGAGCCGUAUUAUUGGAGAAAAUGCCAUUGUAGGGAACCUGGUAGUUGAGGAAAUUGGAAUAGAUGAUAGUCCUGUUGUUCAAGCUAGGCUUGGUCAAGUGUCUAGUUAUAAUUUGGCAAUGGUAAUGUCUAAAGAGGGGUCGAUGAAUGAGCUGGAGUCGUGUUUGGUUAAGAAGGGAGGUUUUGAAGGAUCUCCAAUGCAGAAUGUUGAUGGUAGUGACAGAGAGAAUGAUUUACCCUUGAAGGCCCUGAGGCGGCCUAAACGAUCAUUAUUGAGACCAAAGGUUGAAGCAGCGGACAGUUUGGAGUGCGAAAAACAGACUGCUGAAAAUGUUUUAGUUUCAAAUUUUGGUGUAGAGGAAGCAGCUGAAGGAAGUGGAUUGAUGACUCCAAGGAAGAAUUUGGAGUUGAAAAUGUCAAAAAAGAUUGCCCUUAAUAAGUGCCCAAUGACAGUUAAAGAGCUCUUUGACACUGGUUUACUCGACGGGGUUCCAGUAGUUUACAUGGGUACAAUAAGUAGUAAGACAUCUGGUCUUCGGGGCAUCAUUACAGAUGGAGGAAUUUUGUGUUCGUGUUCCUUGUGCAAGGGGCGCAGAGUUGUUCCACCUUCCCAAUUUGAGAUACAUGCUUGUAAACAAUACAAACGUGCAGCACAGUAUAUCUGUUUUGAAAAUGGGAAGAGCCUUCUUGAGGUGUUGAGAGCAUGCAGGAGAAGACCUCUGCAUACGUUGGAAGCAACAAUUCAAAAUAUCCUUAGUGCUUUACCAGAGCAAAAAUGUUUCACUUGUAGAAGAUGCAAAGGUUCAUUUCCUGUAAUACAUGUUGGCCAAAUAGGGCCACUUUGCAAUUCAUGUGUGGAGUCCAAGAAAUCUCAGUGCAGCACAGUGAGUGCACCCAGUGCGGGAGCUAGAUUGCGAGAACCAGUAUUGAUUUCACAUUUUUCUGGAACUGCUUCAAUGGGUAUCUUUCCACAAUCCCCUAGUGAAUGGAAGAUAACGAGAAAAUCACAAGAACCUGUUUUGAUGUCACAGUCCUUUGGAAGUGCAUCAUUGAGUAUGUCUCCACAAAAUAAAAGUCAAAGGAAGAAAGCAAGCAAGUCAUUAGAUCUCUAUUUGACGUCAAAUUCACCACAAUAUGCUUCAUUAUCUAGUUCUUUACAAUAUAGGAGUCCAUGGAAGACAACAAGAAAGUUAACGAAACCAGGGUUAUUCACAAAGUCUUUGAAGAGUUCUUCAGUGGAUAUUCCCUCACAAGAUAAGGGCCAAUGGAGAAUAAAAAAGAAGCCAGUGAAACCGGUUUUGAUGUCAAAGACCUUGAAAGGUGUCUCAUCACCAAUGAAUUCGGCCAUUGGAAGUCAAUGGAAGAUGACAACGAAAGAUCAGCGUUUGCAUAAGCUGGUAUUUGAGGAAGAUGGAUUGCCUGAUGGAACUGAAGUCGCAUACUAUGCUCGUGGACAGAGAUUGCUUGAGGGUUACAAAAAGGGCUUUGGGAUAAUUUGUCGUUGUUGCAAUUGUGAGGUUAGCCCCUCACAGUUUGAAGCUCAUGCUGGUUGGGCGUCUCGUAGAAAACCCUAUGCAUACAUUUUCACAUCGAAUGGGGUGUCUCUGCAUGAACUGGCAAUAUCUCUCUCAAAAGGUCGUCGUUAUUCUGCCAAGGAUAAUGAUGAUGCAUGCAUCAUUUGUGCCGAUGGCGGAGAUCUUUUGCUUUGUGAUGGAUGCCCAAGGGCCUUCCAUAAAGAAUGCGCAUCUCUACCAAUGAUUCCCCAUGGUCCCUGGUACUGCAAAUAUUGCCAGAACAUGUUUAUGAGAGAAAAGUUUGGGGAGCAUAAUGUUAAUGCUGUUGCUGCUGGAAGGAUUUUAGGAGUUGAUGCUAUAGAACAAAUAAGCAGCAGAUGUAUACGUAUUGUGAAAAACAUUGAGGCAGAACUUAGUGGAUGUGCAUUAUGCAGGGCAUGUGAUUUUAGCAAAUCAGGUUUUGGUCCUCGGACAAUUAUACUGUGUGAUCAGUGCGAGAAAGAAUAUCAUAUUGGCUGUUUGAGGACUCAUAAAAUGGCUGAUCUAAGGGAAAUACCAAGAGGGAAGUGGUUUUGCUGCUCAGAUUGCAGUAGAAUCCAUUCUACGCUGCAGAAGUUGCUCAUUCAUGGAGCAGAAAAGCUUCCGGACUCCCUUUUGGAUGUUAUAAAGAAGAAGUAUGUGGAAAAGGGUUUAGAUGGUGAUAUCAAUAUUGACGUGAGGUGGAGGCUUCUUAGUGGCAAAUUUGCUUCUCCUGAAACUAGAUUAUUGCUUUCCCAAGCUGUUGGCAUUUUCCAUGAAUGUUUCAACCCUAUAGUUGAUGCAACAACUGGACGGGACCUUAUCCCAUGCAUGGUUUAUGGAAGGAAUUUAAAGGGCCAAGAAUAUGGGGGAAUGUACUGUGCAGUAUUGACAGUCAACUCAUUCGUUGUAUCAGCUGGAAUAAUUCGAGUUUUUGGGCAAGAAAUUGCAGAACUCCCUUUAGUUGCUACAAGCAUUACUAACCAUGGGAAGGGCUACUUCCAGUUGUUGUUCUCUUGUAUUGAGAAGCUGUUAACAAUCUUGAAUGUCAAAAACCUUGUCCUUCCAGCUGCUGAAGAAGCAGAAUCAAUCUGGAUAGAUAAAUUUGGUUUCAAGAAGUUAAGUCCAGACCAGCUUAGUGAGUAUAAAAAAUCCUGCAGCCAGAUGGUGAUUUUCAAAGGAACUUCGAUGCUACAGAAAGAAGUUCCUCCCUGUCAGGUUGUUAAUAGCACAGAACCUACAGAGUUAUAUAAUUCAGUGGACUAAGGGUGAGCUAUUUUUCUAACGGUAAGAAGGAAAAAGUGCAUUUCUGUGUAUUUUUUUUCUUUUUUAUUUAUUUAAUUUGUGCAUGAACAUAGAUAUUGAGGUACAUAAAUGUGUUAUUCACUGUUACUUUAAGGUCAAGAUAAAGUAGUGAGCUCAGUUGUGAACUGGAAGGAGCUCCAAUGUGAAGUGCUGUUAAAAUUUUCUGACCCUACUAUAAGCGAAACAGCCAGGCACAGGACUUGAAUUUGGCAGAAUAGUGAAUAGGUAUUUCAAAUUACUAGGGUUUAUAUUUGAUUUCUUGGUUUUAUCUCUAAGUUGUUUAGGAAUACAGUGGGAUUUCUGUUCGAAUUUUGUUUAUUACCAACUAAUACACAAAAUCAGAUCCCUUUUCUUCUAAGGAAAUGGGAAGAAAACUGGACAGAUGUCUAUAGGUGUUGAAAGCUAGUUUUUCUACAAGUUUUCUUUUAUUUUUUUUCGGUUUCACCACAUUGUUGAAUAAACGUCUGAAAGAGGAUAUAAACCAGAAAGAGAGUUAUUGGCUUG